GUUUCAAGCAGCGAUGACGACUGAGUUUCGCAACUUGCUCGAUCGCAGCGUCCUCAUCUACCUUGAUGAUAUCUUGGUUUAUAGUAGGACGUUGGACGAGCACAUCGUACACCUUCGCGUUGUUUUGAAUCGUUUGCGACUAGCCAAGUACAAAGCGAAUCUCGACAAGUGCGAAUUCGCCAGGCAAGAGCUUGAGUACUUGGGCCAUUUCGUCACGCCGAAAGGCAUUCGUCCCUUAGCGGACAAGAUCCAAGCCAUCGAGGAUUGGCGGGAACCCCGUUGCACGACGGAUGUACGCUCUUUCAUGGGUUUGGCUGGAUAUUAUCAGCGAUUCGUUGAGUCAUACUCGAAAGUGGCCGCUCCUUUGUCGAGACUUCAGUCCCCGAAGGUGCCCUUCGAGUUCGACGACGCAGCCCGUGGYGCGUUCACUACGUUGAAGGCAGCGAUGCAAGCCGCACCUGCCCUCCGUAUAUAUGACCCCACCCUACCCACCCAAGUGACUACGGACGCUUCGGGAAACGGUAUUGGUGCGGUGUUGGAACAGUGUCACGAGAACGGUUGGCAUCCGGUUGAGUACUUCUCCCAGAAGGUGCCUCUCGUCAACACUCUGGAUGACGCCAGGAAGAAAGAGCUACUCGCGUUCGUUACCGUCCUCAAACGGUGGCGCCACUUUCUUCUCGGUCGUCGGCGUUUUAAAUGGAAUACAGAUAACAAUCCGUUGACAUUUUACAAAACGCAGGACACGGUCACUAGUWCGAUCGGUCGAUGGAUGUAUUACAUCGACCAAUUCGAUUUUGACCCGUGUCACAUUCCCGGUCCCGCCAAUCGAGCUGCGGACGCCCUCUCACGACGGCCCGACUUUUGUGCCAUUGUGACCACGGCAUUCGACCUCGAUGACGAUCUGCAGCAGCAUUUCGUCAAAGGCUACAAGUCCGAUCCGACUUACUCUACGCUUUACGCAGAGCUUUCAUCGGAUCACCCGCCGGCUAGCCAUUAUCGGAUUUCCGACGGGUUCCUUCUCCUUCACACGAGAGGAAAGGACUUGUUAGUUGUGCCCCAAGAUCGCAUCUUACGGACUCGUCUUCUCGGCGAAUUCCACGAUGCACGACUUUCGGCACACCUUGGCGUGAGCCGCACACUAGCACUCCUCCGCCAGCGUUUUCAUUGGCCCGACGUCCUUCAUGACGUCAUGAGGUACAUUGAGUCAUGUGCAGUUUGCCACCGUAACAAGGGUCGAUCUCGAGUCCCCUUCGGCGAACUGAAACCGUUGCCGAUUCCUCGGGCACCACGCCUCUCCAUUGCUAUAGACGUGACAGGCCCGUUUUCUCGCGAUCGCCACGGCCAUGACAGUAUUCUCACGGUCGUUGACCGUUUGAGUAAGUAUGCUCACUUUCUUCCUUGCAAGUAUCAUGCUGCAGCGCCUGAGCUUGCACGACUCUUGCACACCGGUUGGAUUACCAACCAAGGUGUUCCGGAAGACAUAGUGAGCGACCGAGACACUCGCUUCAUGUCAGCCUUUUGGACUUCUCUCAUGAUUGAGUCCGGCAUGACAAUGAAGCCGAGCUCGGCUCGGCACCCGCAGACGGACGGUCAGACGGAGCGAGCACACCAGACCGCUCAGAUGAUGUUGCGUACGCUCAUCCGUCCCGACCAGAAAGACUGGGUUGACCGGCUUCUCGACAUCGAGUUCGCCUACAACACUUCGGUGCAACCGGCGAUCUGCGUCACACCAUUCGAGCUACAUCAUGGUGGAGAGAAAGCACGGAUCUUCGCUGAUCUCCUUUUGCCACAGGCUGCCGACAUAGACGUCCCUUGCUAUCUCGCUUCUGUCAGGAAGUAUCGGGACUUGCUGAUCAAAGCCCGCGCGAAUAUGCAAAAGGCUCAGGUCCGCAUGCAGCAGCAAGCUAACCGACGUCGACUUCCAUGUCCUUUCCCCGAGGGAGACCUUGUUUGGGUCCUCUCCGAGGAAUUUGCGCUCAAGCAGGAUGUUUCGCGCAAACUCCUUCCGAAAUGGUUCGGACCAUGGGAAGUCACUUAUGCCGUUGGAGACGACCCCGCCGGUCCUUCCUUCGUGGUCAACAUUCCACCGCACCUAACAGUGCAUCGGGUCUUCCAUGCAUCGAAGUUGGCCAUCUACAUGCCACCUCCAGCUGACGAAUUCCCCGGACGUCGAUCAYAGGAUCCGCCUUCUAUGGACGGACAUCAGGAAGUUGACCGAGUCAUCACGCACSGCAAGUAUGGCAACAAGCCAAGGCAGUACAAGGUCACAUUCAAGCAAUGUGCGCCUGAUGACACUCGGUGGAUCUCCAGUGAAGAUUUGCAGAUUUYUGCACCCCUCAUCUUCGCAGACUAUGAGAAGCGACGCCUUGCUAAGGACGCAGCUCGUCCCGCCCGACCCMCCCCGGUAUCGGACAGACAACUUCGCCCUCGCAGGUAGCUCGGACUUUUAAGAGGGGGAGUGUGUUACAUCUUCGACUCACACGGGUCCUACCGGACCCGACUUAGGGCCGGAGGGACACACCAGGGCCUAAAGGCCCGACCUUUGGGGUUACAGGCCCUAAAGACCUGAUUUUGGACCAUCACCCAUCGGGUAGGCCCAAACGACACUUCGUUUGGGCCUGGCGGCGCUCUUGAAGCUGCCGCCCGCCGAUUGAGGCUGAACCGUCCAUCUGGAUGGUUCAGGGUCUGGCCUGGCCUCGCAGCAUUGAGGCCAGACCAUUGCCCACCGGUAUAAGUACCGGUAUCCGCCUCAAUUGAGGGAUCAGCCUACCGGAACUCUACCGGCACGGCAUGAUGCUUUUGGGUUCCUUGAUUGCAGGCGGUAGGCAUCAACACUAAGUUAUCGGCACCAAAUUUGAAAAACAAAAAGCACAAAACGAG